CGCUCCAGUUGUUUUAUGAUUUUUAUUUAACGGGUCUUUAAAUUCGGUCCGUCCGCAGAAGUGAAAGAAAAAAACGGAGAAAGAAGGACCAGCAGGCAGCAGAAGGAGAGACAUGCUGAAAGAAGUGGGAAGACAAGGACAUUCUCUGGAGAUACAGAUGAUCAGGUUUGGAUUUAUCUGUCUCUGAGACUGAGUGAGGCCAUGUCAUCGUGCAAGGCACUGCAUUGCCAAAUCAGAUACAUGUCGGGUGCAGAUGUUACUGACUCAUUAUUUUGGUGGAUUUGUUUACUUCAUACGGUGCAGCAAGAAUGUGUUGGAAUAGCACCCCCAAAUAUGUUUAAGAAGAGAGGAGUGAUCAACCUGAGAGUUGGAGCAAACCAGAGAGCCGGCAGCGUAGAGCAGAGCUGACACACACACUCUCACACACACAUACUCACACAGCUGUCCAGCGCUGAGGGAACUCUACUGAGCUACACUGGAGAGCAAAGCUGAGAGGACAAAGUGAGAUAUCUCUACCUGAAAAGCAGAGCUUGCGGAAGGAGAAGCAGUGUGGGACGUCCAGCAGAUCAGACCUUUAUCCCCUCUCCUGCAGACUUUCACCUCUCAACCGUUGUCAGUCCGUCCCCACCCCCCCUCCGGCCAAACCUUCAGCACAGUGACUGAAGCUACACAUUCUCCAGUGUCCAGAGGAUCUCACUUACAGACGAACACGCUGAGAGGCUGUCUGGCCCGUCCCCAGUGGCAACAGUGGUACCAAUGGAAGCCCCCACCCUCGCUCCAAUGGGAGACCUGUGUCACCCCCGAUCUUCCUCUCCAGAGGGGGAAACAGUGUGUGCAGCUCUAGCCCGUUACGAGAACACUCUCCGGGACGCCAUCAGGGAGAUCCACAUGGAUGUCAGUGCCUUCAAGCUGGGCAUGGAGCGUCGCCUGGAGGAGACAGCCAACCUGAGCGGGCCCCUCGGACGAGCGGUGGCUCAGCUCCAGCAGGAGAACCGGCAGCUCAGGAGUCAGCUGGAGGCCCUUACCCAACAGGUGGAGCUUCUGAGUGGGAUGACGUGUGACAGAAGCACCUAUAUGAACAACAACCACAAUCACAGUCAGAAUCACAAGAAUCUCCUUAAUGACAUUCAGGAGAACCAUGAGGAGAUAAAAGAGGUGGUCUACGGGAAGGGUCAGGCUCACACUCACACUCAGACUCACCUCCACAUCCAGCCCUGCACCCUUGGGAGCCAAGCCCAGACCUACAGCAGCCUCAACAGUCAGUCAAGUCCUGCAUCCCCACCUACCACCUUCUCACCCUCCCCCAGCUCCAGCAGUCCACCUGCUGGCUCUAGAGUGUCGUCCGUGGUGACAGGCCCAGUGUCCAGCAGCAGCCCCUCCACGGCCCGCUUCUCCAGCCGAGCCACAUUUGCUGUGUCCAGCAAGACUAACAGCAUUGAGCGAGAAGAGCCAAUAGAAGUGGACCCCGCCCCCACACAUGCUGGGCUGGAGAAUGGGCAUGCUGCUACAACAGAACAUUCAUCGCUGGUACAUGGAAAGAUUUCUCCACCAAGUGACUUCCCACAUGAACACAUAGCCCCUGUCGCCAUGCGGAUGCCCCACCUUCCCAUCACAGCGACAACCAAGACAGCAGACAUUAAGGGCUCUCCCGACUCUCCCAGCAGCCCCGUCGGUUGUCGGUCCUCCCCUGUAUCUGAGGCCUCACCUCCUGGUCAAUCAGCCUCUACCAUCAUCCAGCCCCAACCAGCAGAGGAGUCUCCAGUUCAGUCAGUAUCUUCUGUGAAGACAUGGACCCCUGCACCUAUCAGAGCCCUGGGAUCCCCCCGCCUUCAGGACAAGGCAAAUUCAGCCCCUGCUAAGUCUGUGACCUACUCAGGGCUACAGCUGCAUGAGAGAGAUGGCGAUAUAAACAGUGACAAGUCCUUUGGGCAGAUAGGAGAGAGGAGGCGGGAGCUGGUGAGGUCACAGACUCUGCCUCGUAACAUUGGUGCUCAGGCUCGUCGAUCUAUCUUUGAAAGACUGGACUCUGAAGCAAGUAACAGCCGUCCCAAACCAGUGGACUCUAAACCCAAACUGAAGCGGUCUCAGAGUUUUGGGGUGUCCAGCGCCAGCAGCAUCAAACAGAUCCUUCUUGAGUGGUGCCGCUCCAAGACCAUAGGCUACCAGAACAUCGACAUCCAGAACUUCUCGUCCAGUUGGAGCGAUGGGAUGGCUUUCUGUGCUCUGGUCCACUCCUUCUUCCCCAAUGAGUUUGACUACACCUCUCUGUCGCCCGCCAACCGCAAACACAACUUUGAGCUAGCCUUUGGAACUGCAGAAGUGAAGGCAGGAUGUGAUCGGCUGAUCGAGGUGGACGACAUGAUGAUCAUGGGGCGUAAGCCUGACCCCAUGUGUGUUUUCACCUACGUCCAAUCCCUCUACAACCACCUGCGCAAGUUUGAGUGAAGCUCAAACAUCUGGGAUCUAAUCUCCUCCACACUUCUGCUUUUCAGCCUCCUCUUCACCUUUCUGGUGUUCAAAGGUUCUUCAUUCUCUGCACCCAGCUGAAUGGUAGCACUUUGAAAAGACUGUGCUGCCCCCUGGUGGUGGGUCAGUGCACGUUCCUCCAAACACUGCAGGAAAAGUGCUCACAGCUCACGGACAUUGUUUCACGGGGAGAACACUGUGUGUGUGUGUGUGUGUGUACAGUCCCACGCUGUUAAUGCUAAUGACACACAAAUGUCACUGCUGGUUUUUCAACAGUAGUUUUUUUUGUUGUUGUGUGUGUGUAUAUGUGUGUGUGUGUGUAGUUGAGAUAAAUUGGACAAAGAGCUGAAAUGUUGCUGUGUUGUUUAAAUCUUUUACUAUCACGACAAAAUUAAUGUUGAUCUUAGCCUUUAACAUUGCACCAAUGGAGUGUGUGUGUGUGUUUCACAAAUAUCACUGAAGAACUGAAAUAGCUUGUGUUGGCAUCACCUCAGCUGAGUUUUAACUCUUGAUGUUAACCUGUAGAAGCUCAGUGAGAGACUCAGUGAUUCUGCUGCUGGCAAUAAGAACAGCUGCAGCACAGACAGACAGAGCAGAAACACAUAAACUCAUCACAUCUCAUCAGUUCAUCUCUUCUGAUCUGAGCACUCAUGAACAACAGGCUUUAAACAAAGGAGUCAAUCGCUCCAGGAGAUUAAAUAGCCCUAUGACCUACUUGGAAAAUUUUGUAGGAUAAUUCAGUGUCCAGUAUGUCUAAGAAUAGAAGACUACAAAUGUUGAGUGAGUCCGACAGAGUUAUAAAAAAGGAUAACUUUUCUGUGUCAUCGGAGAAUUUGGCUUAGCAAGCAUGGAACCCAUGUCUUUAAUAACACGUGGGUGAUCUGAAGUAAUAUUCCUACUUCUGUACUUACUUCAAAAGCAAAUGAAAUGUGGUAUAUUUCCCCAACCUGAGGUUAGAUGUAAGACCCUGAUACCAACAUGUAGCUGAUCAAUCUACUUACUGUACCUAUACAAAAUUUCUGCGGACAAAAAAAUAAAGCAGUGACUGAAUGAAUAUCAUUUAUUAAUGAACAAUGUAAAUAAAUAUAUUCAUGGAUUUUUUAUCCCUGUUCUUUGAUCUGUUAUCAUAACACAUUGUAUUCGCUCAUAUACACACAUUUUAUUUUUAUGUUGUGUUUUGUUGAUUGUUGCACCAGUAAGCACAAAGUCACAUCCUCAAUAGCCUUUCAGGUCAGAGAAGCAGCACUUGAACAUCACAUAGUGUAGCACGGCAUGAAAACAGCUCUGCUCUCUCAGUAACGGGGGAUUACAGGCAGAGGUGAAAAACACCUGGAUUGUCAGGGUGCUGUGUGUGUGUGUGUGUGUGUG